GUGCGCUCGUCUCUCGCUGGAUUCACUGGAUCUUGACUUUAGACUCACACUUUAGACUCACACUGCAGGAGCAGGAGCAGUGAUCAUGUCCCGAUUCGUCGCUCGUCUCUUCGUUGCUGCAGCCAGAUCCGUGGUGGCACCGAGGAGGAUCCCGGUGCUCAUCAUCCGCCCUGUGUCCACAUGUCACGGUCUGCACUCCCUCACCCGUUACGAUGAGACCACUGACUGGCAGAAGAAACUCACCCCAGAGCAAUAUGUGGUCACCAGAGAGAAAGAGACGGAGGUGCCCUUUAGUGGGAUCUACCUGAACCAUUAUGAAGUGGGAAUGUACCACUGUGUCUGCUGUGAAUCUCCGCUCUUCAGUUCAGAGGCUAAGUAUGACUCGGGGACAGGCUGGCCGGCAUUCAAAGAGGCUCACGGCACAUGGGAGCGGGAUGAAAGCCAUGCCUCCAUCUUUCGUCGCCCUGACAACAGCCUGGGCAGUGCUGGGACAGAGGUCCUUUGUAAAAACUGUGAUGCCCAUCUGGGACACGUGUUUGAUGACGGCCCGGACCCAACAGGUCAGCGGUUCUGCAUCAACAGUGAGGCCCUGACGUUUAAACCCAGAGGAAACCACAUUUGUGGGGAAAACUGCAUGAACCACUGAAAACACACCUCCAUAUGUUUCAUCGUCAGUCGAGGGAAAAUCAAAGCCCAGAGUUUUCAGAGAGACGUGAUUUCAGGGUUUGGACCAUUGCAGGUCAGGAGGUGAACAUUUAAUUCUUAGCUUUUGGUAUAAAUAAAAUUCCUGGGGUUUUUUAAACUGAAAAAAUCUAUUUUCAGAAAAAACUGUGUUAUAUGAACUCCAGAAGACUAUAAAUUUGCUAAAUAUAUUUUUUAUUACAUGAAAAUCAACACUGAAACAGUCACUUCAAUCCAAAAUAGAAAAAAAGAAAACAGAGUUCACACCUAUUCUUUUUUGUUUUCUAAUUUUGUGUGUAAAUCAUAAACUUGACAUGUUAGUGUGGGACAAAUAGGCCAAUCUAUUGAUGUAAAAAAUGUCAGCUUAAUUAUAAACUUUUGAUUUGUCUGAAAAAGGUCAAAAUACACAAGAGGACCUCUUUUUCUGUAGAGAUUGCAAAACACGGAAAGUUCCGAUAUUGCUGCUUUUGUGCCACAUGUACAAAUCCAAAUGUGUUGUGUGUUUUAAUAAUCGAGUUGACCCGACGGAUAAUUUGUCAAUAAAUGUUCUUUGAAUCUGUG